AUGCACGGCAAAAGGCUUGGAGUCGUUUUGGUCCUCUUGGCUUGUCUCCUUGUGUCCUGUGCUGCUGGACCUGAUGAGCAGGCGGUGAGGGACAGUCUCCUGCAGAGGGUCUUCUCCAGACGGGACGUGGCCAAAGACCCCCCAGAGACCCGAGCAGAGAGACGGACACAUGUAUCUGAGGACGAGCGCGAGGUUAUGGCCAAGCAACUAAUGCACGCCAUCUCUGAGUUGAUGAACUCCGAGUGUGCGUCAGACCGGGACUACCAGGGCUGGGUGGACUUUGGACGGCGGGACACAGAAAUGGCUUCACAAAAGAACUGGAGAUCUGAAGCUUGA